UUUCUACGCUUUCUCACUCUAGAAACGGAAGAUCUGCCAUGAAAGAUACCCCCAAAGGAUUUCACUUUCAAGCCGUACACUUCACAGUUCGAAACGUCAAAAGAAAAAAAAGAGCGUGUUUGUUGUGACUCAUUCUCUCUCAUCGUUUCCAUUGAGAGAGAGAGAUACAGAGUGAGAGAUUGGUGGCUUCCUUGCUCUGGCGGUGCAUGCUUGGUUAGAGACGAUGUUUGAAUUGAGAGACGGCAGUUGCUUUCCACGUGUCCUGGCGGCUGUCAAUGUGGCUCUUGCCUGCAUCGAUGGUGUCGUUGGUCUUCUUGCAUUCUUUCAGUUAAUAAGGAUCCACUCAAGGAGUAGACAACUUGGUUGGACUCGCCAAAAAGUUUUUCAUCUCAUGAUUGGAUCUUCUAAUGUGGGUUACUUCCUUUAUUUUGUUUUAACUCUUGUGGCUACCUGUAAGGGUUGGCUAUGCUGGUCGAAUUCUUGUGGCUUUGUUCUCAUGGCCUGCCCCAAAAUUUUGCUUCUUGCAGCAUUUCUUCUACUUUUAUCAUUCUGGGUCGACCUUUGCCAUCAGCCAGAUGAUGAAGAUGAUGAGGAUGAAGAGUCUAGUUCUCAGGAAGCUUUGUUGGAAAAGACAUUAAAUUUGCCAAGCUCAUCAAAUAAAAAUAGUCAUAGAAAAUGUUGCUCUCUCCGAGCCAUCCAUAUUGGCAGCCGUCAAAAAAUUGUCAUUUUGGUUAUUGUGCUUAUUUUUGUUUUAAUGGUUACAUUUGCCGUGCUAAUCUGGAUUGGAAUGGGAAAGAAUCUUAUUGAUUCAUCAGUAGUGGCUCGGGUAUGGACUUAUUUCAAAUUAGUUUUAUUGUUGGCCAUCUUGUGUUGGCAUCUAGAAUACCGUUUUUGGUUCAUCAUGCAUUUGGAUUUUGCACUCAGCAUCAAGAAACAAUAACAUUUAAUGGUGUCUAUAAUUUUUUUCUUAUUUGUAUUGUUGGCCUCUCGUCAUUUCCUUUGUCCUAUAUUUGAUGAGCCACCUUGUCUGGAACUUGUGAAACGAACAUAAGAACAGGUCACAUUCCUUGGCAUUGUUUAAUAUUUCCUGAAAAUUCACAAAGGGCAAUUUGAUCAAA